AUGGGAAAAGGAGCAGCCAGGUUUGGAGGAAAGAGCGGGUUUCUUCCCAAGCCGCGGGAGAUCUUCAAGCAGCCAUACAAACACGUUGUUUACCAAAAAGAGAAAGACACCGGGUACGCUGACGGGAUACAGCAUCCACGGGGAACCACCAGAGACCUUAUUCGGCCGCCGGUGGUGACGCCUGAGGAGCGGUUGUUGCGCACGGCACACCCGCCGAAGACGGUGUAUAACGCCGAGAGCAUGGCCAAGUUGCCUGCCGAGCAGCAGGCCAACAUCAAAAACGCCGAGCUUCGAAGACAAUAUCUGGCCGAGUCGUACAAAGCUGAGGUUUCGAGACUGGAACGGCUCGAGGCUUUGGAGCGUCGCAAGGCCGAGGAGAAGGCCAAGCGCGAGCAGGAGGCGCGCGAGUACAAGCAGAGUAACGCCGAAGUCUACACGAUGCCGACUGUGGAGCAGUACCUGGACGGUCCGUUUAUUCGUCCCAGAACCGAGGAAGAGACUGCUUUGUUGAAGCAGAAGCGCCAGGCCAACAGAGACACGAUGAUUUUGAAGGAGAAACAGGACCGUGCGGUGAAGCUUGUGGAGUUGUACAAUGCGACGGCGAAUUUUGCCGUGACGGAGGAGAAACUGAAGGAGCUUGUGGAUAGCGCAUUUUCAGAAAGAAAGCUGCAGAGUGUCCGCAACGUUCUGGGCGUGGACACGAACCGGUUGGGCACGACUCCAGCCUCCGGUAUGUUUGAAAAGACGCUGGAAGAGACGAUUGUGGGAACGGUGAACCGGGGACCAUCGCUCGAUACGGUGGAAGCCACUUUAGACGGCUUCAACGAGGCGAUUUUGGAAACCGCACAGCAAACCAUCGAGAGUCGCAAAUUGGAGCUGAAGGAAAUGACAGAGGAGAAACAAAGACAACUACAGGAGCUGCAGGAGAAGAUGCUCCGGGAACGGGAGGAGUCGUAG